ACAAGAACGCCACCGAACAGCCUAAACCAAAAACAGGUCUUCUCCAGCUGAACAUGGUUUGGAAACGAGUUCACAUGAAGGUGCGUCAAAGCGCGAUACGCACGUUUAGUUCUGUGUGCUGCUACACAAGUUUCACCACAGUUGAAACGGUCUCUUAUUGUGAAGAAGAAGGAAGGCUUGUAGUUAGAUUUCCGGUUUCCGGUCAAACAUCAGGAGCAGAACCGGCCAGGUGUGUGAGGAUGGCCAACGAGCAUUACCUGGAGCUGAAGGAGAACCCGGUCCAGUUCGAACACGCGUCCAGCGUCAAUAACGUCUUCUUCGAUGAAGCUAAUAAACAGGUGUUCGCGGUGCGUUCAGGUGGAGCCACAGGUGUGGUGGUCAAAGGGCCAGAUGACAAGAGCAGUGUUGCCUUCAGGAUGGAUGACAAAGGAGAGGUGAAGUGCAUCAAGUUCUCCAUCGGGAACAAGAUCCUGGCGGUUCAGAGGACCUCCAAGUCUGUGGAUUUCAUCAACUUCAUUCCUGACUACCCACACAUGGAGUUCACUCAGGAGUGUAAGGUCCGUCAGCCUUUGGGUCAAACAUCUCCGUUCCCUCCUGUUCCCUCAGUAACCCUCUGUGUCGCUCUGCAGACGAAGAACGCCAACGUUCUGGGGUUCUGUUGGACCAGCUGGAACGAGAUCGUCUUCAUAACAGACCAGGGCGUUGAGUUUUAUCAGGUGUUUCCAGACAAACGCAGCCUGAAGCUGCAGAAGAGUCAGAACAUCAACGUGAACUGGUACCAGUACUGUCCAGAGACGGCCGUCCUCCUGCUGUCCACUACUGUCCAGGGAAACGUCUUGCAGCCGCUGGCCUUCAGGAACGGAACCAUCUCCAAGAUGUCUAAGUUUGAGAUCGAACUGCCGGUCAUCCCCAAACCCGCCAAACUCAGCCUGUCUGAGCGAGAUGUCGCCAUAGCAACCAUCUACGGCCAGCUGUACGUCAUGUAUCUGAAGCAUCACUCCAGGACGCCCAACAGCCCUGGUGCAGAGGUGGUUCUGUAUCACCUACCGAGGGAAGGCCCGUGUAAGAAGAGUCAUGUGUUGAAGCUGAACACAACGGGGAAGUUUGCUCUGAACAUCGUGGACAACCUGGUUGUUGUUCAUCACCAGAGUUCACAGACAUCACUGAUCUUCGAUAUCAAGCUGAAGGAACCGGACUGUGCCGUCAACACUCACCAGCCUGUCCUACCAGCCCGGUCCAUUCACCCAUACAGGGUAUCUCUGUCAGGUCCGGUUGUGGUUCCAUCUCAGCCUCCGGUGCCAUGUCAGCUUUAUUCUUCAUCCUGGAGUGUCUUCCAGCCUGACAUCAUCAUCAGCGCCAGUGAAGGUUACCUGUGGUACCUCCAGGUGAAGCUGGCUCCCAUGGUCCACCUGUUGGAGGACAAAGGGAAGCUGAUGGACUUCCUUUUACGUCGACGGGACUGCAAGUUGGUCAUCCUGUCGGUGUGUUCACAAAUUCUGGGGGGGCAUGAGGAGGCGGGGCUUCCUGUCGUGGCAACAGUCUUUGACAAACUCAACCAGGUGUACAAAGAUUACCUGGAGGCAGAUCAAAGCUACACGGCGGCGAUGGAGUCGGGUCCGAGUCGAGGCAGCACCGCCCAGAAACGACCAGUCAGGACUCAGGCGGUCAUUGACCAGUCGGACAUGUACACACACGUCCUGUCGGCGUUCACGGAGAGGAGGGACGUGUCUCACAAGUUCAUCAUCGCUGUUCUGAUGGAGUACAUCCGCUCGCUGAACCAGAACCAGAUCACUGUCCAGCACUACUUGUACGAGCUGGUGAUCAAGACCCUGGUCCAACACAACCUGUUCUACAUGCUGCACCAGUUCCUACAGUACCACGUCCUAAGCGACUCCAAACCCCUGGCUUGUCUGCUGCUGUCCCUGGAGAGCACCUAUCCUCCUGCACACCAACUCUCUCUGGACAUGCUGAAGCGUCUGUCUACGGCCAAUGAUGAGAUCGUGGAGGUUCUGCUGUCCAAGCAGCAGGUUCUGGGCGCUCUCCGAUUCAUCCGCAGCGUCGGCGGCCAUGACAAUGUUUCAGCCCGGAAGUUCCUGGAUGCAGCGCGCCAGACCGGAGACCAGAUGUUGUUCUACACCGUGUUCCGAUCGUUCCAGCAGAGGAACCAGCGUCUACGAGGAAACCCCGCCUUUAACCCAGGUGAACACUGUGAGGAGCACGUGGUCCACUUCCAGCAGCUGUUUGGGGAGCAGGCAUUGAUGAAACCAUCCACAGUGUGAAACGCGAGGACCAGAUGGGACCCCAGAUUGGGCGGGGUCAGAGGCUGCGCCUGUACUGUAAAUCUUAAGUGUUUUAUUUUAUUGCUGUAACAUAACACAGAAAUAAGUGAUUAAAGAUGAAAGGUUAAAGGUCA